AUGGCGUCUUUCGCGUUGCUUCUCCUCCUCCUCCUCGCAAUCUCUUGCCGCGCAGUGGAUCAGGAGUCGUCACCGCGGGCGCAAGCUCUGGGAAAUUCCACUUCCACCUCACUGCGAUUGGGAUACUACGGAUCCAGCUGCCCCAAUGCCGAGACCAUCGUGCGCCAGACGCUCAUGACGCUCCUCAUGCAAGAUCCCACCGCUGGAGCGGCAUUGCUUCGCCUCGCCUUCCACGAUUGCGAUGUCAUGGGCUGCGAUGCAUCGAUCAUCUUGGAUUCCACUGCACAGUUUCAGAGCGAGCUGGAAUCUCCCAAGAACUUUGGCAUUCGUCGCGUGGAUUUCAUCGAUAGGAUCAAGGCGUCGUUGGAGGGGAGCUGCCCGCGCACUGUCUCUUGCGCUGACAUCAUCGCUCUAGCUGCUCGAGACUCCAUCUUGCUGGUAAGAAGAUCUUUCCUUUCCUCUCUUUUCUUUGUUUGCCUUAGCGAGAAUUUGCAGGCUGGAGGACCAAACAUUCCUGUUCUAACGGGUCGCAAAGAUAGCACGAGAGCGGACCUCGCUACCGCUAAUCGCAAGCUUGCCACUGCCACUUCUUCCGUGGAGGAAAUUCUCCAAGACUUCGCGUCCAUGGGAAUUAACCCGCAAGAGGCUGUGUCUCUUCUCGGAGCUCACACUCUUGGAGUUGGGCACUGCUUGAGCGUUGUCAACCGGCUCUAUCCAAGCGUUGAUACCAAGAUGGAUCUCAUGUACUCGAUGGCGUUGCGAGUGUUGUGCCCGAGUCCAAAGUUCUACCUCAACAUCACGGCCAUCCCAAACGAUUCAACCAUGUUUAGAUUCGACAACAUGUUCUUCAAGGACGCUGCCUCGCGGCGGGUGCUCUUCGCGCUUGAUGCCGCUGUCCAGAGCGAUCCCAGGACCUCGAUCUACACUUCCAAGUUUGCUCAGAACCAGGGAUUGUUCUUCGACACAUUCUCGCGAGCGUUUGUCAAGCUCACCAGCGUCGUCAACUCGGAAGCCACGCAGGUUCGAUCGAAUUGCCGCGCGAUCAACUCGUAG